AUGAUCGUGUGUAUGCACACAGCUCUAAAGAAGCCCAGGAAGUCAUUGGAAGAGUGGGUUGAGAAGUCAUUGAGUUUUCCAGCAGGUUCCGCUCCAGCUCACAAGGCCAGGUCAACUCAGCAGUGGCAGCAAAAAGAAUAUCCCAGAGUUCACCUCUGCCUCGGAUUGGCCCUCAGGAAGCCCUGGUCUCAACCCACUAGAUUAUCGGCGUUGGACAGAACUGGAGAGGAUGGCAUGGCACAGAGCACACCCUAA